AUGAUGAGCGGACUCCAGAGCCGCAAAUCAAACCUCAAGGUUUUAACUGUUCCGAACGAUUCUCUCAAAGAAUCGUUGGACUAUGCAGAAAAGCUCUCACCGCGAGCUCAUAUAAAUUUUAAGCGUAUAAAAUCUGAUCAGUAUAGGUGAUUCGAGUCGAAGUUAACUAAAUUGAAAUUUUGUUUUUCAGAAAAGCCGAGAAUUUACAACAAUUGAAAAUUUAUGCUGUCUUAUUCUCUGUUAUUAUUUUUGAGGUUAGAUUUGAUUUAAAUUUGAAUGCCCUUAUCACCCGUUCAGAGAAUUGUGCUGGAUUCCUUCAUAUCCACAGUUUUCAUCGGAGCAUUCAUACCGCGUCCAGCAAUAGUCUUCGCGGAAUGUGUCGUUCUGUUUUAUGUAUCACUCAUGAUGUUCUAUACUAUCUCCCUCAACUUUUUCCCAAGUGUUCAGUUUUCAAGUCUUAAGUUUUUACAAGGUUUGCGAGAAAUUGAUAAUUUUAUUGAUUAGCAGAUACAGGUGAAAGUCAGCUCAAUUUGUCUAAAUCCGCGGGAACUGCUACGUCAAAAACUACUUCAGAGGCGAAGGACGACCUGAAAUGGCUAGAUUCGCAUCGCUUCGGGUCGCCACAGCAAAGCUCUCCGCAAAAGUGAGUAUUUAUGAUUGAUUUGAUUUUGUUAGGAGCCGAUAUUCAGUAAAUUAGCCUAUGAUUGCAGUUUAUUGAUUUAAAAAACAUUUUUCCGGGAUGUUUAAAAAUUCUGUGAACAUAAAGUCCAUAGUAGAUUAAAGUCAAAAAUCUUCCAGCUUCUCAAAAUAUUACUUCAAAAAACAGUAGUUUUUUUUAAAAGCUUCCGCAGAAUGAAGCCAGAAAGUUAAAACGAAAUGAUGAAUAUUUUUCUGGUCUUGCAGUUUCUCAUCGCCUUCAACAAGCUUCAGCCAUGGCAAACAUCGCAAAAGCGACACCUUUGAGUCGUUUUAUUCUGAUGACGCCGCCAGUCUACCCAGUCCUUUCAACGAAAGCAAGCCGAUAGAGAGCGUUCACACAAAGAAACAACUCGAAGCAUUGCUUAAAUCCGCAGAGUGCAUCAAGUUUCUCUCUAUGGGAGAUUCAUCUCUUCAUUUUCAGAACAGCGCCGGUCAAUGAGGGGGAUAUGAGUCAAAGUUCUUACUUUCCCUACCUCAGCGUCCUCGAUUUCACACGAAACGAUGAAAAGUCCAAGUACCAACUAUCGGAAGACAUUGUCGAGUCGUCCAAUGCAGGUUGCUGAAUUUUUCUUUUUCAACUGACUUUCGGCUACAGCUUAUAAACUUGAUAUUGGGCCUGACGCAAGCAUUCGAGUUUCAUGGAAAGGGGACGAAAAUGAAGACGACUUGGGACGAAUGAAGAGGAUCAUGCAACAAAUCAGAACAACUCCAGAAAAGGUCCGCUAAUUUGGCUCCAAAGUUGAUUUUCUUGGCUUUUAAGCGUUCGAGUUCUGCGGAAAUGCGUAGAUCCGGUAUACGUCGACGCUCACAUAGAUCUUCUUCACCUGAAAGUCAGCCAUCUGCUGAAUAUUACUCCGACGUCGAAGCAUACAAGUAAGAAAUAUCGCUACCUUGAACACAUAUUCAUUUUUUAUCACUAGCUACAAUAGCUCGCGUUUUCAAGGCCAGAUAUUGAAGAACAUAAUACAUCUUGAAUCAAAAUUAACAAUUUUUUCUCUUCUACACCUACUCAGUUAUAGAUUCAAUUUUUUUUCCAAUUUAAAAUUAUAGGCUUUUUUUUAAAUAAUUGAACAACAAAAAUUUCAGGGCUGGUCCUCUGACUGAAGAAGAGCUGCGAAAAGGUGAAUACAAAGUGAGAGCUUGGCUUCGAAAUACCGUACUCAAACCACUGGCAAACCACAUCCACGAAAUGAACGAUCGACUGGCGAAAGUUCACUAACCAAAUUUGAAAAAAUGUGUCGUUGAUCCAUACAGGAACACUGUACUCCAGCUCUUCGCAUUGGCACUAGCACCGUCGAAGCUCUGAAACAAGCCGUUAUCGAACGCGAUUCCUUAAAAACGUCUCCUCUUCCUUUCCUUCUGCCUUUUCUUUCUACGCAUACCAACCAGGUUUUGCUUUCGUCACUGCUUUUUUCUAAUUUUCCUUCUUCAACUAUUUGCUUUUAGGCAUAUCUCGUAAAGAGAAUCGAGGAGCUGAGCAAAAACGAAUUCCUCGAAGAGUUCAAAUGGAACAGCGGCGGAACUGAACCGAAUGAAGACGUCGACAAGACGAAAAUCGUUCAAAGGUUGUGGAACGCCACUCUUCCCACAGACGCUAUUCUCGUCUUCGACCUUUUCGCCGUCUAUAUGGACUUGCAGCUCAAUUCUUCUGCUUUAGUCGGCUCCUACAGGUAUUUUCUCACAAUUUUCUCAUCUCUCAUGUUGAUUUUAUUUUUCCUUGUUUUUGCGAUAGAACAUAAUAACUAGUUUUUUUUUUGUUAUUUUCUUUUUAUCAAUCUCCAUUUUGCGAACGCUGUUUCCAUUCGCUCUCUAUAACUUCAUGAUAAACAAUAUGAAGAAAAUACAGUUCCUCUUUUCUAUUUUGCUUUUUAUUUUCAUUUCAAAUAUUCAAAAACAUUCUUCAUUUAUUUCUUUUCUAUCAAAAAAAAAAAAUCAUCAGGCGUUUCUAGAUAGAACUUAUGGGUCACUUUUUCACUUUUUCAAAUUUGGAAAAAACGGUACCAAUACACAAGCUUUUCUAUGAGAAAAAGAAACAUUUUAAAGGAACAACCAAGUCAUUGUUUUUUUCCUUUACGCGAAUCGAUUUUCUUAAUUUUUUUUUCUAUUAAGACUCGACCAGCCAUUUACAUCUCGUUACGUGGUCAAGACGCCACAAAAGCCGAGUUCUUUGCAAAAAACGCCUCACAGCUUCCACAUCCACUUGGUAGAACACCUCGCCCCGAUUCUCCAUUGAAGAAAUCUUCCAGGCCUCCGCCAGCCCGCCUUAUUUCGAGUUCAUUCACUACGAUGGGUUUGGCACCAUGUCGAAAUGUGCUGUCGCACGACAAUCCUCGAACGUUUUCCGCGCCAUCAUCCACUUCGUCCGCCACGUCAUGGUUAUCAAACUUUUGGAUGCUUCAUAUUUUCAUAAACAUGUUUCAGGAAGAAAACAAUGGAAAAGUGGAUCAUAUUAGCAUCGGCUACAACGGGCUCAACCUCAGCACAAUUCUUUGA